GCGUGAGUCACCGCCUACGUUUCGUUUCACGAUUCUUUCAUUAUGACGCUGUCAUGUUACUUUUCAAACCGUCGAGGAAAAAAAUCGUGUCACUGUAUUUUAUAACGGCAACCAGAUCAAUAAAAUUUAGACCUAAAUAAUAAUAAAUUGUAUUUUAAAGUAUACCAAAAGAUAAUUUAUGUUUGCUUCACGGUCGAGUUACCGCUGACUUUGUCAGGCAGCCUGCUGAGCAGCGGACUCGAUGGCGCUGCACUGCCUGCCUUGCUGUAGCAGCGCGUUGUGGGUGCUGACGGCGGCGUUCGUGUUGCUGUCUGUGCCGACUUCAUACAUUCUACCCAACAAAUCAUUACAAGAUGUUAUUGCCGUAAGAGAGAAUGGCGCACUUAACCUAGAUGUCGGAUCACCGCAGAAUUCCUUCACGAUUGAUUUUUUUCAAUCGUAUUAUCAAUCUGCUGAUCUUAUACCACAUAUUAUAAUGCUCGCUAUCGGCAUCACUGUUUACCUUUUCGAGUGGAUACACAGAAAACUAAUGGAGAGAAGGAUACUUAAGCUCCGUACGUUCCUGGGCGCGUCGCUGGAGCGCCUGCGCGAGGCGGACGCGCGGCGCGACCAGCUGGAAGGCACGCUGAAGCUCGCGCGCGGCGCCUCCGCCGAGUACAACCUGCUUGUGUUCCUGCUGCUGCGCGCAAGAGACGGCGACGAUGAAAAGCUACAACUCUGAACUCGGAAAACAUCAAUCCUUUUUCAGGACACUUUCUGCUGAGAGGGACCGAGAAAGGAAUGUUUUUCUCUGUCUCUUAUAGCAGAAAGUUUCUGGUGAAAGGAUAAAUGUAAAUAACCUUUGGAGUCAGCAGCGGAGUACUGAGCGAAGACUUCAAAAUAGUCUUUAAGCUUUUUUCUAUUUACAUUAGACGUGCAUCAAAGAUAACCUUUGCUGCUGUGAAGUCAUCUGAAAUAAUAUUUAUCAGAAGGAGGCUAUCUGACUCUUUGUGAGACCUGUGUGUGUUAUUACAUUGUCCGAUCCGACAUUGGAUGUCGGAUGACCCUUGGACAAAAACCGCUGCUAGUGUGCCCCAUGGUAUUAAGUCCUCUUAGUUUUGCAUUUACGCUUUCCUGUUAUAAAAGGCACUGUUUAUAUUUUGUUUCUUUGUGAUAGUAUCCGACAUCCGAUAUAUCCGACACCGGAUAAUGUGAAAACGCUCUUAGGAUGGGUAUACCUAUCAACUAAUGUUGUAUUAUCGCAGAUGGUAACAAGGGAGACUUGCUAGCAUGAGUUGUAUUCUCGCGCGCGAAUCAAUACAUCUCGCGCGACUUCAAGUAUGGUCUCCCGCGCGAGAACGCAACUCAUGCUAGACGGUCUGAUCAUCAACGUCUUGAUGGUGAAUAGGUGUUUCGGUGCUGUUAGUAAAUGUUUGUUUCGCGAUUUUUGUAGCGCAAUGCUGUUUAUUUUAAUGUAAAUUAUUGU